GUGAAAUAGGGAUUUGUACAGCUUUUGGAAGAACACGGCGAGAUCAGAUUUUUCUGUUUAUUGACAGAGAUUGAUUUUGUAUUUAAGAAGCUGUGGAAGUAUAUAAGACAUGACAUUGACACCAUGCAAGAUAGAAUAUCAUCUGGGAGCAUCUGAAACAAGAGCUUCAAGUCUACUACUUAUCGACUGUAAAGCCACAACAGAAAUGACUGGAGCUGCUGUGUCCGUGUGCCUGCUUUUUCUCCUCUCUGUAUGUUCAGCGUGUUACAUCUCCAACUGUCCUAUCGGUGGGAAGAGGUCCAUCAUGGACGCACCACUGCGUAAGUGCAUGUCAUGUGGCCCCGGAGACAGGGGCCGCUGCUUCGGCCCCAGUAUCUGCUGCGGGGAGGGCCUCGGCUGCCUGCUGGGCUCCGCAGAAACAGCUCACUGUGUGGAGGAGAACUACCUGCUCACCCCCUGUCAGGCAGGAGGGAGACCCUGUGGAUCUGAAGGUGGACGCUGUGCUGCGUCAGGACUGUGCUGUGAUGCAGAGAGUUGUACAACAGAUCAAUCCUGCCUCAUCGAGGAGGAAGGAGACGACCAAACUGGACAAUUUGAAGGCAGCGAUCCCGGUGACAUCAUCCUCAGGCUCUUGCAUCUGGCUGGUCGCACUUCUCCUCAUAGAAUCCACCAAUGAGCGGCCUCUAACAACAAGGUCUCACGGGAAAUUCUGCAAGUGUAUAGUUGAAGUGGGACUAGUGUUUAUUCAUA